UUUCUCUUCCCUUCUAAUUUCUUGGCGGUUCGUUUCCUGACUUGAGAUGGAUGCUUCGUUGGCUUUUGGCCCCUCCAAGUGUGCUGCUCGUUAAGCAAGGACCGUCGCAACAAAGCACAGGGGCUUCUGGGAAGGUCAAGUGAGCAGGUGCUUUGUGAGCCACGAAGCCCUUUGGGAAGGCUCAGUGCGCUGUGUUGUGAGCCCUCCCGGGCUUCGUCCCUGUUCCUGCCCCUUCGCUUGCUUGAGCAGCCCCGUUCACAGUGAGCGUUUUCUGAGCUUCCACAUUCUUGAUGGAAUCCGCACCGUUCCUGUGGGUUUGGGGAGAUGGUUCUCCGGUGGCGCAGUCUCUCCAUGCGGCUCCAGGGGAGGUGACAGAGGCAGUGAAACUGGCCAUCGACGCCGGAUAUCGGCACUUCGACUGCGCCUACUUAUACCACAACGAGAGUGAGAUUGGAACCGGGAUCCAGUGCAAGAUCAAGGAGGGCGUGGUGAAGCGGGAGGACCUGUUUAUCGUGAGUAAGCUCUGGUGCACCAGCCAUGAGACGUCCCUGGUGAAAGCAGCGUGCACCGAGAGUCUGAGGGCCUUGAAGCUGGACUACCUGGACCUCUACCUCAUACACUGGCCCAUGGGUUUCAAGCCCGGGGUGGAAGACAUGCCUUUGGACCCCAGCGGCAUGGUGAUACCCAGUGACACCGACUUCCUGGACACGUGGGAGGCUAUGGAGGACCUGGUGGUCAUGGGGCUGGUCAAAGCCAUCGGGGUGUCCAACUUCAACCACGAGCAGCUGGAGAGACUUUUGAACAAACCCAGCUUGAGAUUCAGGCCAGUGACUAACCAGAUUGAGUGCCACCCGUAUCUGACCCAGAAGGACCUGAUCCGUUUCUGCCAGUCCAGAGACGUGUCCGUGACUGCGUACCGGCCCCUCGGCGGUUCCAGUGAGGGGGUGAACCUGAUGAAUGACCCCGUGAUUCAGAGGGUGGCCCAGAAGUACAACAAGUCUCCGGCCCAGAUUUUGCUCCGAUUUCAGAUCCAGAGGAAUGUGAUCGUGAUCCCCAAAUCAGUCAACCCAAAGCGGAUUCUUGAGAAUAUCCAGGUGUUUGACUUUGAACUAUCAGAACAGGAUAUGAACGACAUCCUCGGCCUGGACAGGAACUUCCGAAUGUGCCGGCUACCCAUGGCUGUGAACCACAAGGACUAUCCUUUCAACAUAGACUACUGAGCCUGGCUUCCCCCUUCCCCCUCCUGCUGCCUGGACAGACACCCCCAGCUCCCAGCCGGCCCGCCUCGGCACCGGGCGGCCAGGGAGGGGAGGGAUGGGGUUUGAUUUGGUGGAUUCCCGCCUGGAACAGAAGCUGAGCUCCCUGAGAAAUUCACACAGUUCAGCUGGUCUCUGUGACAGAGACAACCACCACGGGAGCGAUGAUUACUCUCUGUGGAGAACCUCCGUCCUCAGAAUCCUUUGAGCACAGUGUGAUGGGGUUUUUACGAGACAAGCCAAGUGGCCUGUACUCUCGAAGAAAAGAUUGUGUGGUGGAAAUACUCAAAUGCAAGAGUUGAGAUCAUCGCGUGGUGAGCCCCCUCACCAACCCUGGGCCGGCCCCGCGUCAUCUGUGCGCCUCUGUCCCUGCCAAUUCCCCAAAAUCCUUACCUUCACACAACCAGGGAACACCUGAGAUGCCUCAGUUCAACAGAGAGGCUUUUUUUCUUAAACUCGUGGAAACCCCAGGUCAGAGAGGACAUGUGGACCAUUCCCAUCAGGCAGGCAGGGUCCACCCGGUCCCAGGGCUCCGUCAGGAAGGGCAUGAGGGCUCAUGUCCACACAGGCUCAUUCAGGGCAGUGUGUGACUUGUCUCACUGGGUGGCGCUUGGGCACCAAGCCUGGGGCCAUUUUUUAUUUUGAGCUGCUGUAAAUGAUGUUAGAUUAAAAAGGGUCAUUUUCUUGAAUGAAUUCCCAGAUGUUUUCCCUCUUUCUGUUAAGUGUAAGGCUAAUAGGGCUUUUUAUUAGUAUUUACAGAAUUUUUCUAUUUAACAAAGUAAUUCUAUCAGAUUCAGACUGCAAAGAAAAUGGAGAAGAAAGAGCUCAGUUACAGAGAGCGGCAAUAACAUCUAAGAAUCAUCUUUCUGGUGGGUCCUUCAACUCUCUGCCCAUGCCCACGACAUACGUAGAUAAAUUACACAGAAUAUAUAACAGGGGUGCCUGGGUGGUUCCGUCUGCGGAGCAUGGGACUCCUGGUCUCAACCCGGGUGAUGAUCUCAGGGUGGGGAGAUUGAGCCCCAGGUGGGGCUGCGGGCUCAGCAAGGAGUUGCUUCUCCUGUUCCCUCUGCCUCUCCCCCACUGCGAAUGCACUCCCCCCUCAAAUCUUAAAAAAUUUGUAAUACAUGUAAUACACAUCUAAUAAAUGGGCAUAAACUUCA